ACAGCGCGUAAGGAAGCGGUUUAGCAGCGGUUGUUUAUCCAGCGAGCGGAUCCGUCUCGAGGGCCCUUUCCCAACCCCCUCCCGGUCCUGCCUCCAUGCCAACGCAACCGUUUGCCGUGCGCUUCCUGGCACUAGCAACCAACCCCUUCCUCCGCCACCAGCCUGCGUCUUCUGUUGCCCACCACAAGUGAAGCCGCUACAUAUACCUAACCUACUCACACGGACCAGGUGUUCACUGCAACCGGUCCAUUUCGAACUUCCUUCCGCUUUCUCCCACAACUUCGGGAACGGGACAGCCGUUACUCUCUGAGAAAGCACAAACGCUCUUGGGAUAUACAGGAACAGGGCGGGCUACUUCACCAGCAUCGACACUUUCACCUCUUCGACUCUGUAAAUUGCUUCAUACUAUCACGAUGGAGGGCAUCUUGGACUUUAGCGGUGAUCUAGACACUGGGCUGUUCGACGGCGUCGUUAACGCCAUGUUUGUGUAUGGGCCAGAGCAAUCGGUGGCGAAUACAGUCCUCGAGCAAUUCAGGCAGCACCCCGACGCUUGGAAGAGGGUGGACGCUAUCCUUGAGCGGUCACAGGUUUUGCAGUCCAAGUAUAUCGCACUGUCCAUACUGGAGAACUUGAUCAAGAGCAUGUGGAAGAUCCUGCCGGAAGAUCAGCGAGCAGGCAUCAAAAAUUUCAUUGUUGCUUUCAUCAUCAAAAACUCGUCCGACGACGAGACACUGGAGAAGAACCGCCUGCUGCUUUCGAAAUUGAACAUCGUUUUGGUGCAAAUAUUGAAGCAGGAGUGGCCACAUAACUGGCCGACGUUCAUCCCGGAGCUCGUCACAGCCAGCAAGAGCAACCUCUCACUAUGCGAGAACAACAUGAACAUCCUGAAGCUGCUGAGCGAGGAGAUCUUCGACUUUUCCGCCGAGCAAAUGACGUCCGUCAAAGCGAAAAACCUGAAAAACACCAUGUGUGCCGAAUUCUCCGAAAUUUUCCAGCUCUGCCACGAAGUCCUCGAAAAGGCGCAGAAGCCGAGCUUGAUCAACGCGACGCUGGAGACAUUGCUGAGGUUUCUUAACUGGAUUCCGUUGGGGUAUAUCUUUGAGACCAACCUUAUUGAGGUUUUGGAACGGCGGUUUUUCACCGUUCCGGUGUUUCGAAAUGUGUCUCUGAAGUGUUUGACGGAGAUUGCGGCCCUCCAAGUCCACGAACCGGCGUACGAUGAAAAGUUUGUGAAGUUAUACUCGAUCACCGUGGAGAGCAUACCAGCUAUGCUUCCUGUGGAGACUGACCUCAAAGCCACUUGGGACGACCUUUCGGACAACGACCAGCAGUUCGUGCAAAACCUCGCUCUCUUCCUGACCAGCUUCUUCAGUGCACAUGUCAAGGCGCUUGAAUCCGCCACCCUCGUAGAGACGAGUCUGAAACAACAUCUCAUCAUCGGCCACCGGUACCUGCUCGCCAUUUCCGCGGUCGACGAUCGGGAGCUGUUCAAGAUCUGCCUGGAAUACUGGUACAAACUUGUCGGAGAACUGUACGAAGAAAAACACACCUUCCCCGGAACCGUCGAGGUCCCCCUCCUCAACCUCGCCGGCGUCCGUUCCUCCUUUGGCAACAACCAACCCAUGAGGAAGGACAUGUACCCCGAAGUCCUGUCCCGGCUGCGCACCAUCAUGAUUGAGCAGAUGGUCAAACCCGAGGAAGUCAUUGUUGUCGAGAACGAUGAGGGAGAGGUUGUGCGAGAGUCGUUGAAGGAGAGUGAUACGAUUGUGCUGUAUAAGAGUAUGCGGGAGACGCUAGUGUAUUGCACGCAUUUGGAUGUGGAGGAUAUGGAACGGAUCAUGUCGGAUAAGCUGAGGGGACAGGCCGACGGCUCCGAAUGGUCCUGGACAAACCUCAACAAGCUCUGCUGGGCAAUCGGCUCCAUCAGCAUGGCCAUGUCAGAAGAAGUCGAGAAGAAGUUCCUCGUCACGGUCAUCAAGGAGCUCCUCAGCCUGUGCGAGAUCAAGAAGGGCAAGGAUAAUAAAGCGAUCGUUGCGUCGAAUAUCAUGUAUAUUGUGGGGCAGUACCCGCGGUUCUUGAAGGCGCAUUGGAAGUUUUUGAAGACGGUUGUGAAUAAGUUGUUUGAGUUUAUGCAUGAGAUGCAUGAAGGUGUACAGGAAAUGGCAUGCGACACCUUCAUCAAAAUCGCGCAAAAAUGCAAACGACACUUUGUCGCCCAGCAGCUGAACGAGCACAUGCCGUACAUUGACGAGAUACUCGACUCGAUGGAUAUCAUCACUAGCGAUCUGGCUACCCCGCAGCUGCAUACAUUCUAUGAAGCGGUCGGGUACAUCAUCUCUGCGCAGUCCGAGCGCAGGGCGCAGGAACGGCUUAUUAAUCGGUUUAUGGAGGGGGCCAACCGCGCGUGGGACAACUACAUAGCCCAAGCGCGCAUCGAGCCCAACAUCCUCGAAAAUCCGGAAACGGUCAAGAUGCUCGCCAACAUCAUCAAAACGAACAUAUCCGCCUGCACGUCCGUCGGAGCUACGUUCUAUAUCCAGAUUGCGCGCAACUACCUGGAUUUGCUAGCGCUGUAUGCUGCGGUGGGCGGGUUGAUUUGUCAGCAGAUUGAGGUCAAAGGAUACAUCGCAACGGUAACACCAACAGUCCGCGUCCUCCGCACGAUAAAAAAGGACGUCCUCCGGCUCGUCCAAACCUACAUCAGCAAAGCGGAAGACCACGCCACCGUCAUGCACAACCUGAUCCCGCCCCUCCUCGAGACGGUGCUAAGCGACUAUGCGCGCAGCGUCGAGCCGGCGAAGGAUGCGUUUGUGUUGCAUGUUUUGGCGAAUAUCAUUAAUAAGCUUGAGAGUGCUAUGAACGAGCAGGUUCCUGCCAUCCUUGACGCUGUGUUUGAAUCGACGUUGAAUAUGAUCAAUAACAACUUUGAGGAUUACCCUGAACAUCGUGUUGGGUUCUUUAGCUUGAUGCAGGCUAUUAACAAAAACUGUUUCCAAGGUGGGCAAAACGAGCUCCCAACAUCUGCUUCGUAUCCGCUUUACCUGCUGCUGAAAAGAUCCUUGAUUUCAGCCCUCCUCCGCCUCCCACCCCCCCAAUUCCGGCUUUUCCUCGACAGCAUCGUGUGGGCUUUCAAGCACACGAUGCGGGACAUCAGCGACGUUGGCCUCACGAUCAUCCUAGAGAUGUUUACAAACUUUGAGAAACUGGCCGACCCCGUGACCGCGAGCGGGUUCUACCAGAGUUACUUUUUGAGUCUGUUGCAGGAUGUGUUUUUUGUGUUGACGAAUCCGUUUCAUAAGAGUGGCUUCAAACUCCAAACAAUGAUCCUCCGCGAGAUGUUCACCUUGGUAGCCGACACGACGCAGCCGCCGAAGCUGACGGUGCCGCUGUUUGACCGCGCGCAGGUGCCGGAUCCGACUAUGACCAACCAGCGCUUUGUUGGGGAGUAUGUCAUGGAUUUGUUGCAGAGGGCGUUUCCGCAUUUGCAGAGCGCGCAAAUACAAAAGGUCGUCGUAGCUUUAUUCACCACCUGCUCAGACGAACCGGCGUUCAGGACCAAUUUGCGUGAUUUCUUGGUUACCUUGAAGGAAUUCUCGGGCACGGAUAACAGCGAGCUUUUCCUGAGCGAGCGGGAAGCCGAGGCGGAACUGAAGAAGAAGAGCGAGCUGGAGAAGGCGUUGCAGGUGCCGGGGUUGUUAAAGCCGAGUGAGAUGCCCGAUAACGGUAUGGGGGAAUGAACGAAUGGACUCAUUCCGCGUGCAUGAACCAGCGCCUCCCGACCCGGCAACCACACAAACACAUAUAAUCGAACAUACAGCGGAGAAGAUGGGAGAGGAGGGACAGUUGGUAUCUGAUCUUCUUCUGCUCCAGAGAUUAACAGUCUCACCCCUUAUUCCUCGCCCCUUAUUUCCGU